CAAAUGGCAUGCCUAUAAUUGCCUGCGUUGAAUAUUCUUCGAAGUGUUCUACGGAAAGCCAAGAUGAAAGGUGAACAACAAAAGAAAGGUAACUCCAGAACCCUGGCCAUGAUGGUGGCCUGCACUGCCAUCGGGGGAACACUACAAUAUGGCUACAAUCUUGCCAUAAUGAACGCCCCCACCGUUUACAUCCAGGCUUUCGUCAAUGAGACAUUUAGGGAGCGCUGGGGUGUGGAAUUGAAUGUGUAUGAGGUCACCCUCAUCUGGACUUUCAUCGUGUCCAUUUUCUCACUUGGAGGAUUGGUAGGCGCCCUCAUUGCUGGGCCCAUGUCCAUACGCUUUGGCAGGAAGAAGACAAUGUUGCUGAGCAACAUCUUCCUCAUGUCCAGCGCGAUCUUGGGCCUCACGAGCAGAGCUGCAAAGUCUUUUGAAAUGAUCCUCAUCUCCAGGGUGCUGGUGGGCAUUAAUGCAGGGAUCAGCAUGAACGUCCAGCCCAUGUAUUUCGGAGAGAGUGCCCCGAAGCAUCUGAGAGGGGCGGUGUCUCUGUCCUCAGCCAUCUUCACAGCCUUCGGGGUGGUGCUCGGACAGGUAGUCGGUCUCAGGGAGAUCUUGGGAAGCGAGCCAUGCUGGCACUACCUGUUGGCUAGUAACGCCCUGCCAGGAAUCUUCCAGUUGCUUACGUUGCCAUGGUUUCCUGAGAGCCCCCGGUACCUUCUCAUCGACCGCGGAGACAAGGAGGCUUGCUUUGCAGCUCUGCGGCGCCUGCGGGGGUGCGAGGUGUCCCCGAGCGAGAUCGAGGAGAUGAUGCAGGAGCAGGCGGAGUCGGAGGGCAUGCGGCCGCGGCAGCCCUGGGAGCUGCUGAGGGACCGCAACGUCCGCUGGCAGGUCAUCUCCGUGGCCCUCAUCAGCAGCGCCAUGCAGCUCUGUGGCAACGACUCGAUUUACUCCUUUGCAUACUACGUCUUCCAGGAGGCUGGGAUUGCCCCCGAGGCCAUCCAGUACAUCACCAUUGGCACGGGCACGUGUGAGUUCACUGCCUGCAUAAUAUCGAACCUGUUGAUAGAGCGUCAGGGCCGGCGUGUGCUGCUGAUGGGUGGCUACGCCCUGAUGGCCGGCUGGGCCGUCGUCUUCACCGUGGCUUUGUGCUUUGAGCAUAUGGUGGAGUGGAUGCCGUUCCUCAGUAUGACUUGUGUCUUUACGUACAUUCUCAGCUUUGGAAUGGGACCAGCUGGCGUCACUGGAGUGCUACCAACUGAGAUCUUUAACCAGACGUCUCGUCCUGCUGCUUACAUGAUCGCUGGCUCCCUCAUGUGGCUGAACCUCUUCAUCGUAGGCAUGGUGUUCCCCUUCAUAGUGAGUGGACUGGGCAACUUCUGCUUUGUGCCAUUCUGUGCCGUCUGCUUCUGCACAGCCCUCUACAUCGGCUUCUUCCUGCCCGAGACCAAAGGCAAAACGCUGUCCGACAUCGCUAGGGAGUUUGAUCAGCUCAACUUCGGCAAGCAGCACCAGCAGAACAGCAGCAUUCAGGCACAAUACAAACUAGGAGAAGUCCAACAUGCCACCGCAUUGUAGUGGACCAGAAAAGUAUGCAAGUGUCACUGAACAUUGUUAAAGGGAUAUGCUGUAUAUAUUUUAUCAAGAUGAGUUCCAUUUAGCUCUUUACAGUUUAUUAUUAUUAUUAUUGUUAUAGUUAAAAGUGCACCAUGUAUUUUUUUUUUCUUUCCAGAAUUCAUGCUGCCCAUUCAUUAAUGUUACCUUUUUCAUCAUGACUACUUACCACCCCCAUCAAAUUCUAAGUAUGAAUUAUGAAUGGAAAAAUUGCACUUUUCAUACAUGAAAAGGAGGAUCUUCUCCAUGGUCCGCCAUUUUGAAUUUGUAUUUUGGUCAUACUAGUAAAUAUUAGCUUAUUACUCAGUAAAUAUUCAUAAAAAGCUCAAAUUUGCCAAUUGGCAGCACAGUUUCAUUGAGCAGCAUAGUUGCAAUACCUACUCUGGCCACAAUCUUACACUGUGCACCUUUCAAUUAAAUCUGGGUUGGAGGUCUUAGCUGUGGCUCAAACGGUAAAGGCACUUCCCUGCUGCUGGGUUUGAUUCUGGCCCAAGGCGAUUUUCCAGAUCCUCCACCAUCUCUCUCCCACUCUUUCCUGUUGCCAUCUCAUACUGUUCAGUCUUUUUUUCUUUUUUUUAAGGAGUUGGAAAUGGCCUGACAACACACAUUUCAUAGUAGUGAAAAACAAACUUUAACUUGAACAGAACGUGAGCCUAAUGAUAUUAUGCAUUUCACAAACAACUUUUAUUGGAUAAAGGCAAUUGCAAGCAUUUCAGUCUCACAUUGCUAACGUGGGAUAAUGUAAAAAAUAUCAAAACGAAUAUGUGUACAGUAUUUUUUAGAUGAAAGCAUUGUAGGAGUCGUGCUAACUCAUUUCAAAAACCUUUGUUUUUAGAUCACAGUGUGAACUGAAAAGCAUGUAUAAUGUUUUCAGAGUAUUUUGUAUCACAAUACAAUGUGUUAUAUAUUUUAUGUAUUAAGUUCAUUAUGUCUAACUGUUUAACUUAAACACUUAGUGGUUUCUUUUGCCUUAAGACAUGUAAAAGUUUUUAUCUUUUACCUGACAUGUUUCGACGGUGUUACUUCCGUCUUCAUCAGAGGGUCACUGUGAUGUUGAUGAGUGACGUGCUUUAAAAACAGCUGAUGUUGUU